UCUCACGAUAUUUUUGGAUAUAGCCUGUAUUUGGUAACUUAUUAUUAACAAGCACAUUUUUACGGAGGAGAGGAGGUGUUCGCGCAUGUGUAUUGGUGUUGAUGUGAGUUUUUGUCGUCGUGUGUUUAUUUCAAUGUGAGUGUUUGGACAUGGCGUGUCAUGAGUGUGUGAAUGAAAAAAAGUGUGACGACAGAAGGCCUCACGCUGAUAGGAGACAGAUAAUGGAUGGAGGGAGAAAAGCGAGACACGGUAGAAAGGUGACAGAGGACACGAUCUGAAAAAAGGGUCAGAGAGGAGGGAAAAAUGGACCAAAGAAAAUCUGAUAAUUAUGACGAAAUGAAAACGUUCUGAACUCUGUUACAGAGAUUGUAUCUGUGUUCAAGGAUUAUUUAAAUUUAUUUCAGCGGGACCGAUUUUUAAAUAACGUUUAACGUUUCGGAAUUUAUGUGCGCAACGAAAAAACCAACGAAAUGCUCCUGAAGUAGGCCUAAUAGCCUAUUAUUAAAAAUAAUAAUAAUAAUAAUUUAAUGUAGGCCAAUGCGUAUAUGUGUAUAAAGAGGAAUUAAAAAUAAACUGAAUAUAGGCCUAACUCAUUAGAUUAGGACAAAUUAGAUUUAUAGAUAGGCUAUAUAUAGGCUGUAGUAUAUGCGCCUAGAAAUCGACAUUUUCAGCCAGUCUGCCUUUUGAUCUUUUAAUAAACGUUUUACACCGGUUUUGGAGCUUUUCAAUUAAAGCGCUCAUUUCAUCAAGGGAAAUAAUUUCUUUUAAAUGGUCCACAAUUUACUCUAGAAUUUAAGGAAUCCAGUGGAUUAUACAGGGUGCGUUCAGGCUUGUUGUUAAUGUUAAUUAUUUUAAAUCGUUUCUGUUUUACAUGGAGAGCCCAUUUUUUCACCUGAUGAAAAUAUUUCUGCCGUUUUCGAUUGCUCUCAUCUUUUAGUUCACCGUUAUAAAUACUCGGACUGAGUUAUGGCGAAUUUAGAGUUCGGAUCUCAACAGUCCUGUUCGGGCGGCGAUUCACCAGAGAUGGAUAUUGAAAAGGAUAAAGAUUCCGAACAUCACAGACGGUGCAGAACCGGGUCACCGCUGCAAACUCAGCUCUCUCAACAGGGCAUGGACGGAAUCAAAGUUAAUUUACACGAGAGAGAUCUGUGGGCGAAAUUUCAUGAUUUUACAACAGAGAUGAUCAUCACCAAAGCUGGCCGACGAAUGUUUCCCUGCUACAAGGUAAAGGUAACAGGCCUAAACCCCAAAGCGAAAUAUAUCUUACUUAUGGACAUUAUUUCAGCGGACGAGCACCGAUAUAAGUUUGCAGAUAACAAAUGGUCUAUCAGCAGUAAAGCUGAGCCUGCAAUUCCAGGCCGACUGUAUGUUCACCCGGAUUCACCGGCUUCAGGUGCUCACUGGAUGAGACAGCUUGUAUCUUUCCAGAAACUCAAACUUACCAACAACCACCUGGACCCUUUUGGACAUAUCAUUUUAAAUUCCAUGCAUAAAUACCAGCCUCGACUGCACAUAGUGAAAGCAGAUGAGAGGAACAGCUUUGGCUCCAGCAACACAAGCUUUUGCACUCACUUCUUUCCCGAGACAGCCUUCAUCGCUGUGACUUCAUACCAGAAUCACACACUGAAGAUUGAGAAUAAUCCUUUUGCUAAAGGUUUCCGUGGAAAUGAUGACAUCGAACUGCAUCACAUGUCCCGUACACAGAGUAAGGAUUACCCACUGGUACCCUGCAGCACUGCCAGACAGAGAGUUGCUCCACCCUCUCCUAACUGUCUCUCUCGGUCAGAAUGCAGCAUGCCACAGAAGCCCAGCCCCGGCUACAACUGCUCCAGCAAUUCAGGUGACUGUGACCACACCCUCAGUGAAGCACCUCCCACUCAUGACCCCACCUAUCACCUCUUCACCUACCAGCUCUCCCCGGAGGUUGCCCCUGUGAAUAGUGUCCCCUGCAGUAUGGAAUCUGCUCAGCAGCAGCCUUGCAUGUAUGGAGGCUCUCAGGUGGGCAUGGAGGACAUCACAUGGGCAUCAUAUACAGACAGCACAACUUACCAAAGAUUUACUUCUGCGAAAGAAAUGGUUGGGACAUUUGGUCCCACCCCUGACCACUCUCAGCAACUGUAUCCACAAUACACCUGUGAGGGUUACAGUGAAACUACAAUGGGUCCAAUCUGUAAAAGUUCAAAUAGCUAUAACAACUGUGGUGAUUGGUGAUUAUGAGUUUAUAAACACUUAUUUUUCACUCUAUUACUCACCCCCCCCCCCCAAAAAAAACAAUUUAUCUUAACACUUGUAAACCACCUACAUCUAAACACUUACUCCAAAAUGAAAAACUUGCUUAGUAGCUCACCUGAUAAUGUUGGACUUUGGACUCAUUGGCCUGUUUGAUUCCAGCCAAAGAUGCAAGUGAAAGUGCUAUAGAAUUGACACAAAAUUAUGUGGUUGCUUCAGAAAAUGAGAUUUUCAUUUUUAAUUGGCAUUUUUAAACACUAUUGGUUAGGGUUAGGUUAGCGGUAAGGAUGUCUGUUUUGUUAAACUCUCGUUUAUAUUUUUGGAUACUGUUGGUUAGGUUUUAGGGUAAUGUUUUAGGUUAGGGAGGCAUGUUUUACUCAUUAAAACCUCCAUCUAAAAUUCAUCUUAAAAACCUAGUCUGAUUAAUUAGUUCGGAUUUUGCGCUCUCCACUGUACGUUUAACUUGGAAUCUGUAGAAUCACGUAAUUUCAGUUUUGCAAAAAUGUUGCAAUGCUCAUGUAAAUUUCAUGUGAUCAGACUGUAAAAUACACACUGUUUCAAAAGUACAGCAACAGAAUGUAAACAAUAUGAGAGUACAAAUUAUUUUAACUUACAAAAUGCAGUAAACCUGUAAACAACGAUUUAAACCACUUUACAACUCAAAUAAAAACAGGUUUUAACGGAAAAAAUAAUGUAAGUGCUUUUGUAAAAUUAUAAGCUUCAUAUAUCUACCUUUAACCCCCCCAAAUACUUUUGUUUUAUGAAAAGGAGGGACGAGUCAACAUUUUGUUGUUGUUGUUAUAAUCAACAUUAUGGAACAAAUGCGGUUGAUUGAGCUUAAUUUGUAUAGAAGGCUGAGCAUGCCUUUAAAGAACCCACAAACCAAAACACUGUAAAAACCUAUAAUGAAUCAUCAAGAACUUUUUAAUCCCAAAAGAAUUAAAUAGCAGACUCAAGAACCCAGUACAAAGAAAAGUAUUUCUUGGUAAGAAAAGAAAGAUGCUGUUAAGAACUGUUGAAGGACCUUUAUUUUUAAGCGUGUUCCUAAGAAAAACAAUUCUGUUCGCUAGCACUGUAGAGCAAGCGGAAGCUAAUGGGGUUUCACUAUUGUUUAUGAAACAUCAGAGAUUUCAGAGAUCAGAGAUAAAAAGUAUUAUUAUUUCCUCUUAUUCUGAAUUCAGUGAAUGACAUGUCCCCUGCAUCUUCAAUGAUGUAUGUGAGAUUUUGUGUAGCUUUGUGGGUAAUUAAAUAGCUUCCAGUAAGAUGUGUGAAUCUCUGUUAUACCAUUUCCAGACCUAAACAGAUUUGUUUUUCUCAUCAAGAUACAAGCAGAUAAAACAGCAACAUUUAAACCCAAGGCAAUAUCUCUAUAGAUAAAAACAAAAGUUAUUCUUUAAAAAACAAAGGUGGCAGGUUAUUACACUGUGGUCAGUUUUUGUGAAGAUUAGGCCAUGUCCACACUAACACGUUUUCUGUUGAAACACAUUGAUUUAGCUAUAUUUCGUCCUUCUAAUCCACACUUGAGCAGCGUUUUCCUUCACCUGAAAAUUGAGACUUUUUAAAUAACGCUGUCUAGUACCACAUAUUUUGGAAAACUAUGAUGUUACAAUGUUCAGCCGAAUACAUACUGUAUUAGUGUGGACACGGCCUUAGAGAGAGAUACGCUGCAUAAUAUUUACAUUUGUUGUUAAAGUACAAACAAUAACAAACCCAAAUGCUAAAUAUUGUCAGAUAUUAAACUCUACUUAUCUUAAACCUAAUUUCCAACACAGGGAUGGGGGUCCUUUAUUUUGUUUAUUUUUACUUUUUAUUAUGAUGAGGAAAGCAGGAGCAGAGCCAGGAGUUUUUCACAGGGGUGGCUUGGCAGGGGCCAACGAUCAGUCUGUGGUGCAUGGCACAGAAAUGUUCGGGCAGCAUUUUUGUAUCAUCGGACGGAGAGGUGCGGCGACCUUGGUGUGCGCACAUGUUAAAUCUCCUGUGUGUGUUGCAGUUGUAUAGAGAUGGUUCCACCUCUAAAAAACUAAAUUGUACCCAAGACAAAAUAAUUUCCAAAACGGCAAUUGCAAGUGGAGUGGCCAAUCGGGUGGUUUGGCUUCGGUCUGUGGUAGCCAUGGCCACCCCUGUCCACCCCCUAGCUUCGGCACUGGAGGAAAGGGAAUGCUGUGUACUGCACGUGUCACAGUCCAUUAAGGGAGCCCUGAUGGUACCUGUCUUGUCAUGGCCCAAGGCGAGAGAGAGAGAGAGAGAGAGAGAGAGAGAGCGAUAGAUGGGAGGAGGGGAGUAUCAGCUGGACAUUUAUUUAUAGAUACACCAAACAAUAAAACUUUUCUGAGUGAAAUGUGGUAAUUUUAAAGAAACUUUUAAUGUUGUUAAAUUCAUGUUCAGAUUAUUUAUUAUGAUAAACUAUUUAUAGUUUUUUUAAGCUCAUGAAUUGUGCUUGGUGAAAUUGAUUUGUAAUGCAAUUGUUUAAUUUAUUGAACAUUUUGCAUUAGCCUGAUAAAUAUAAAGUUCCUGUGUUUUGUGAAAGUGUUUUUUGAAACUUGCUUGAAUAUGAGGCUGAAAUAAAAUUUUACAGACUACAUUACUUUGAUGUUUACUAUAGCCAAUUUAACUGAACGUUGAUAUGAAGUGGUACUUUACUCAUAGAUUUUGACGUUGUUGAUAGAAUAUAUCUUCAUGAUUUACUUGUAUUCCAACUUGAUUGCAGAAGUAUGGCUCUUUCCAAAACACGCAUAUUUAUAUAGGUCAUAAUAUUAUAUAAUCAAGCAAAAUCAAUGAACCUGACCAUUUCUAUAAUGUGUAAUACAUUAAUAUAAUGUUGCAAAAUCUAAUAAUAAUAAUAAUACCAUUCCAAAAUCUUAUUUUGCUACACAUUAUUUAAUAAAAAAAUAAAACAAUACAGUGACA